AUGAAAAUUAAGUCACUUGGUGUCCAAAUUAACUUUAAGGAUAUGCUUGGGAAUCUUUUCCGCCCCUUUAUUGGCUAUAAGGAUAUAAGAGUUGUUCACAAGGAGCCUAGACGUAGUGGAGACAAGGCUAUGACUUUGUGUUUUGUGGAGUUUGUUGACUCCAAAUGUGCUCUCACUGCGCUGGAAGCCCUGCAAGUGUAA